AUGAAUUUACUCGCCAGAACAAAAUUAUUCUCUGGAGGACGCCAUUUUCCCGUCCAAUCAAUCGCCGGAGUUCAUCACUCGAAUCCGUACUCCACCAAAACAGCUCAAUUCCUCCCCAAAACCCAACGACCGGUGAAAAACGCCGGAGCCCAGAAACCCUCGGACUCGGGCUUUUCCCACAAAAUCAAGAAGCUGGCCGGGCUGACCGUCGACUGCCCGAAGCCGAUAGAGAUUCCGUACCAAGCGCGGGCCGCCAACUCCGUGAAUUUAAUCGGCAGCGUCAGAAAACCAGUUCAGUUCGAGUCCGGCGCCGAUGGUAAUCACUUCGCGGCGGCCGUGAUUGCUCAGGGCGGCGGCGGCGGCUGUCGCGACUCCCUCGUGAUCCCCGUCGUAUUCGAGGGCGAUUUGGCUCAGGUCGUGGCGUGUCACGUCGAGGAGAAGGAUAGCGUUUUCGUUUCGGGGAGAUUGAGCAUGGGGCCCACGAGAUUUGCCUUUGGAAAUAACCUCGGAAGGUUCCAUCUCGUGGCCGAGAAUCUCAAUUUCGUCGAGGGCUUUGCGAAGAAAAACGGUAAAAGAUCUGGCUUUUCAUCUCUCGAAAACGAAAGGGGUUCGGUUAGAAAUGGGGUUUCGUCUGUGCAAGUCGAGAAGCCUUUAUCGGAAAAUGUGGAAUCUGAUGAAGAGUUUAGUCAGAAAUGGAAAGAAGCCAUUGAAGAAGCUAAAGUGAAGACAUUUUCCGGUGAGAGUGAUUGGGCUUCGCGUUCUGUUUCUCAUAACUCGAACAAUGAGGCGAAGAGUUUGGGUCGUGUCGAGUCUAAACCGGAAAAAGGUGACAAGAAGAAAAGUUCACGUUCGCCAAGUGCUAACAAGAAGAAGAAGAAGAAGAUGAAGAAUGAGGAUCAAAGCUUGGAUUUGUGGAGGGAUCUUGUGAAAAGCCCAAAACAAUGGUGGGAUUUCCGUGCACACAAAUCUAAUGGGCUCGUCAAAGAAAAAUUCCCGGACUUCAAGCACAAAGAUACCGGUAAUUCGCUUUGGGUCAAUAAUGCCCCUGACUGGGUUUUGCCAGGACUUGCAAGAUUGGAGCUUGAUGUGAAGUUUAUGAAAGAUAAUCGAGAUCAAGGGGCGAAAAGGGAGGACCAUUGGAUGAAUUUGGUGGAAAAUCCUAGUAAAUGGUGGGAUACUAGAUUGAGCAAGAGAAAUCCGAGGUAUCCCGAUUUUAAGCAUAAGGAGACGGGCAAAGGAUUGUGGUUGAGUGACGAUACACCGAGCNAAACAAAGGCUUUUCUUGAUUGA